GUGAGAGCAGUACAUUCUGGGACUGCCACACUUAAAGAUGCUACAUCGGAGGCUAUAAGGGACUGGGUGACUAACGUGGAGACAACUCAUUAUAUUUUGGGUUCUGUUGCUGGGCCGCAUCCAUAUCCAAUGAUGGUAAGAGAGUUUCAUGCUGUUAUUGGCAAGGAGACCAGAAAACAAGCUUUGGAAAAAUGGGGAGGGAAACCAGAUAUUCUGAUUGCAUGUAUCGGAGGAGGUUCAAAUGCCAUGGGAAUUUUCCAUGAAUUUGUUGAUGACAAAGAUGUUAGGCUAAUUGGUGUGGAGGCUGCUGGAUUUGGCGUGGACAGUGGCAAGCAUGCUGCAACAUUAACAAAGGGAGAAGUUGGGGUUUUGCAUGGAGCUAUGAGCUAUCUGCUGCAAGAUGAAGAUGGACAAAUAGUUGAGCCUCACUCUAUUAGUGCAGGUUUGGACUAUCCUGGUGUUGGUCCUGAACAUAGCUUUCUGAAAGAUUUAGGGCGUGCUGAAUAUCAUAGCAUCACUGAUGGAGAAGCAUUGGAAGCUUUCAAGAGAGUUUCGCGACUUGAAGGCAUAAUCCCAGCUUUGGAAACAUCUCAUGCAUUGGCAUAUCUAGAGAAAAUCUGUCCAACCCUUCCUAAUGGAACAAAGGUUGUGGUUAACUUCAGUGGUCGAGGUGAUAAGGAUGUUCAAACUGCUAUCAAGUACUUGAAGGUUUGAAAGGGUCUUGUACUUGUGUGGGUUGGCUGCUGUGUGAGCUUCAUUUUCAUAUAUAGAGACAGGAUUAGUACAAUUUGUUGUUAAACCAAGUUAAAAUAACCUUGUAUAUCUGCACCACAGAACUGUUUCUAUUCAAUCCUUAAUAAACAUAGUUUAUGUUGUAAUAAAAGUUUUGCAAUAAAACUAGUAUGCAUGAACUUGAAGCAUUAGAGUUAAA